AUGUCUUUUACACGUAACUUCCGCUCCCAAGGGGGCAUAGGCAGCAACUUUUUUGAUCAAAAAUUUCUAACCAGUGUUGAUCACAGUGAUCUCUAUGUCUUGUUCGGAGCAAUGUCUUUUACACGUAACUUCCGCUCCCAAGGGGGCACUGCUGGUGAUGAAUAUUGGCCCUCAUUCAGUAGAAACGACUUCAAAAACUUCAACAACUUCAAAAACUUCAACAACUUCAACCACUGCAACAACAACUGGAACAGGAGCAGGAGCAAUAGUUUCUCUAGGAAUUUUAACAACUUCCAUAAUUACAUGGGCAAUUAUAGGGAGCAUACUGACUAUUCUAAUUAUUCCAAGCCUGACAGUGCUCCAUCGUUUAAGAGGAGAAAAUUUUCAGCUUCUACUUGGGGUGAUGCUGCGAGACACUAUCUUCCUGCCAACACAUAUGACUUUGCCCCGUCUAUCUACAAUAACUAUGUUCCUCACACAAGGUCCAAUGGUGAUGCCUCUACAUCUACUACCGGUAAACGUGACCGCUCAAAAUUAGAGGAGGAUGAACUGGCCUUUAUGUCAAGGGAUGAGAUUGAGAGACACUCCCCAUCUAGAAAAGAUGGUAUAGAUGCAGUGCGUGAAGCACAUUUGCGAUACUCAUAUUGUUCUUACCUUCAGAAUCUUGGAUUGCGGCUUGAUUUGCCACAAACUACUAUCGCUACUGCAAUGGUUCUCUGCCAUCGGUUUUUUGCUCGGCGAUCACAUGCUUGCCAUGAUAGAUUUUUGAUUGCUACCGCUGCUCUUUUUCUUUCUGCAAAGUAUGAGGAGACACCACGCCCUUUGAAUAAUGUGUUGAGAGCGUCUUGUGAGAUUUUCCAUAAGCAAGAUUUCAGUUUCUUGUCCUAUAUGCUCCCUGUUCAGGACUGGUUUGAGCAGUAUCGGGAACGGGUGACUGAUGCCGAGCAAAUGAUACUGACCACUCUAAAUUUUGAACUCAGUGUGCAGCAUCCAUAUGAUCCUCUUACGUCUAUUCUUAACAAAUUAGGCCUUUCACAAACUGUUUUGGUGAAUCUGUCCUUAAGCUUGGUCAGUGAAGGGCUCCGGAGUUCUCUGUGGCUCCAGUUCAAACCACAUCAUAUUGCUGCUGGAGCAGCGUACCUUGCUGCGAAGUUUCUAAAUAUGGAUCUUGAUUCUUAUCAAAAUGUCUGGCAGGAGUUCCAGGCUACACCCGAUAUUCUUGAAGAUGUGGCCCAGCAGUUGAUGGAACUGUUCUAG